AUGGCAGCCUCCAGCGACUUCGCGUCUGCCAUGACCGCCCGGUCGCUCCGCAUGGUCCGAACGGAACUGGAAUUCCUCGCCGAUUCUUCCGUGAUCAGUCGCCAACAACUCUCCUCCAUCCUCUCACAGCUACCUGCCGACGCAAAUGCCCCUCGAGCGGUCCAGGCAUCACCAUCGCCGCCUCGACAGCUGGCCCAGCCAGUGCCUGUCCAACAAGCCCCAGUGCAAUCACAGCCCCCUCCAGCUCCCUACACGCCCUCAUACUCUCCCCCGGCGUCGCAGAUGUCCAAUAUGUCGGUGCACGAGAAAGCCGCGAUGCACAAUCAAUAUGCCAGCCCGCCCCCUCAGGCCCCGCCAGCUUAUCCCCAAGUGCCGCCCGUCCUCGGCCUUGCGUCGGCCAUGUAUGCAUACACACCUACCGAUCCUGGUGACUUGGCCCUGCAGCCGCAGGAUCGCAUCCAGAUUACCGAGCACAUGAACGCUGAUUGGUGGCGCGGUCGCAACGAGCGCACUGGUCAGGAAGGUAUCUUCCCUCGAAGCUAUGUGAAUGUCUUGGACAACAAGGCUGCUGUUCCUCCGCCGCCUACAAACUAUGGAAACAUGCCUCUUGAGGUCAGCCAGAGUGGUCAGCCGAAUCCCCAGGAUCCCAAGCAGAACAAGUUCGAGGAAGGAGGCAAGAAGUUCGGAAAGAAACUUGGAAACGCCGCAAUCUUCGGUGCUGGUGCUACUGUCGGUUCCAACAUCGUGAACAGUAUCUUCUAA